AUUAAGAGUCACUGCAUGGACGGCGCCCUCAGCUACCUGGAUUGGCUCAGGAAGUUCUCCCUGGAAGAUCUGCUGACUAACAUCAUGAUCUACUGGACGNCAGGAACCAUUGUCUCCUCCCAGCGCUUCUACAAGGAAAACUUGGGCCAGGGUGUCAUGGUCCAUAGACAUGAGGGGAUGAAGUUCUUUGUGCCCACUGGCUAUUCAGCCUUCCCUUCUGAGCUACUGCAUGCCCCAGAAAAGUGGGUGAAGGUCAAGUACCCCAAACUCAUCUCCUAUUCCUAUAUGGAACGUGGGGGCCACUUUGCUGCCUUUGAAGAGCCCAAGCUUCUGGCCCAGGACAUCCGCAAGUUCGUGUCCCUGGCUGAGCUGCAGUGAUGAUGCUACACACCAACCAUGGCUUUAGCAGCAGCCCUGGUUCCUUCUCAGUCACACUUAUGGAAGAUGUCCCCUUCCAGAGGAAUAAGUUUGUUCCCUGACCACACUGGGGUACCCAGACUUCAACCCCACAGAGUCCUCUCUU